GACUCUUUUUCCGCCGUCAUAAGCAUUUUCUAACUUGCUGAGUCGUGCAUUAUCAAUUCAACCGGGAAAUUAACCAUCAACAAUGCAGUUUAAAUACCGGGCGACGUUAAUAUGCAAUUCCUCGAUUUUAUGAUUGAUUUUGAAUAACUAAAUGUACACUCAUGCCACUUUUUAAUAUGAGGUGAUUAGGUGUCAGAAAUAAUCCGCAUGCGCCACGCCUGAAUAGCUGGUACUUUUUAUAUUCGAUCAUUCAUAAGAGAUAAGAUAAACUUGAAGAUAAAGCGAAUCCAUAUUCAACAUAUGACCAGUGUACAUUAUUAAUGUCGUAGAGCGUAACGAUAAUGAUAGUGUAAAUAAAUCUUUGUAUUACGAAAUGGAAAGUGAUUCAGAAGAAAGUAAACAUAAAAAUAUAUCAAAUUCAAUAACGCGGAGGCAUAUCGCUAGACUUCACGACAGAGUUCAAAUGAAGUAUGGAGAAAUGCAAAAAAAACUACAGAAAUCAAAAUCAAUUGAUAUUUUAACAUCACUUAAUGAAGACGAUGUGUUCAAUAAUUAUUCAAAGCAUGUUAGUACAAGUGAUAUCAGUACGCUUAGUGAAGGAAGUGAAAUUUCAAUUAAUUAUAGUAUUAAACGUGAAAGCAUGGCGUUUUUGAGUGCUAAUAAAAAUGACGCUAUAUUUUAUGAAGUUAAGCAUAAAGAACCUGAAACUGCAUCUAUCAUAAACAAUGAUGCAUUCAAUUACGAAAGUGAAGAACAGAAAAAUAACGGUAUAUUUUUGUUUGACGUCCCUUUUAAGGGAAGUUUAGAAUCGCUCAAUGAAGAAGCUAAAGAUAGCGAUGAGUCAUUUGAACCUUCCACUCCCAAUACAAAAUCACUGAGAAGUCGUAUCGAGUCAAAAAUACGUGAGGCUACAAGACGAAGGAAAAUUGAGAAAGAAAAAUAUUCCAAAACGAAAAAAGAUGAUCGUGUGGAAAGGUUUAUAUUUUCAAAUACGACAAAAGAACAUUUCGCAAAAGUGAUAAACAAGAAAUCUAAAAUAGCAACUGUCACUGUUGCUCUGAUAGAAAUUACAGGAUUGGAAGAACUUGAAGAAGAAAGGCCACGAUCUCUAAGUUGUCGUUUGAGGCUUGGAUCGGAGAAACGGAAAUCUAAAUUAAUAAAGAGCCACGCAAGCUCGGUUAAAUUUCAGGAGCUUCAUAAUUUUAAUUUAUACGACGAUGAUUAUAUUGUGGAAAUUGUAGUAUGGGAUAAAGAUAUACAUGUCGGAAGGUGUGUCAUAGAUCUGAAUAACAUGGAAAAGGAAAAAACACAUAGAUUGCGAAUUAGUUUAGAAGAUUUUGAACAGGUCAAAGUAUACAUUUUGCUUACUAUAAGUGGUCUUGCGCUCAGCGAUACUGUAUUUAGUAUAGAUGAAAGUGAAGCGAUACAAGAAACUGAAGAGAAGAGAAAACAGUUUACGUGGUACCGCAUUUUUGACCAAUUUUCGAACGUUGGAUGGAUGUCCGUUAUUGUAUAUGGUGCUAAGGGCUUAAGCGCACAAGAUUGCUAUUGUAUUCUCAGUUUAGAUAAUGAAUGGAAACACACAGCAACUGAUUAUAAAACCAAUUCACCAAGUUGGAUGAAAGUGUACACAUUCGAAAUCACUGACAUAACAUCAAUCCUAGAAGUAAAAGUAUGUGACGAGAGAAAAGGUGAGGAAGUGGGGAAAAUCUCUAUACCAUUACUGAGCAUUACGCCCGGUAAAAAAUGGUACGCACUGAAAGAUAGCACGCAGCGUGAGCGAGCCAAGGGGAAUAACCCAAGAAUAUUAUUGGAGAUGAAAGUGUUUUGGAAUCUUGUUAAAGCAUCGCUCAAAGUUAUAAAUCCAAAAGAAGUGAAUUUAUUACACACAGAUGAAAAACUAGACAGGCAUGUGCUGGUAAGAAACAUAUCUCGAGGCAAAGUGGUAACAAUGUGGGUGAUAAAUGCUUUCAAACUAAUAAAAACAUGCUUCGAGUGGGAGUCAACAAAAUUAAACAUAAUUUCGCUCACAGGCUGGCUAAUUAUGUGUUACUUUUUUAAAAUCUGGAUGUUGCCCUUACUUCUGCUCGUACCAUUUUUUAUAUACCGGCCAAAAUCAUAUUGUUUAAUCGAUUGUAAGUAUUUUUUAUUUAAAAUUAUUCCAGGGAAGAAAAUUUCAACAAAAACAGAAACCGAUGAUAAAUCUCUACGACAAAAACUCCAUGAAUACCAAGAAACGAUAUUAGCAGUACAAAACUUUAUAGGGACGGUAGCAAGUCUCGGAGAAAGCAUCAAAAACCUUUACAACUUUUCAGUGCCUUUUGUUAGUUUCUUGGCAAUAUUUCUAAUAAUUUGCAUUGCACUUAUUAUGUUUUUAAUACCUCUUCAAUAUAUUUUAAUGGUCUGGGGUAUUCAUAAGUUUACAAGGAAAAUAUUGAAACCAAAUAGAAUAGCUCAUAAUGAAAUACUGGACUUGCUCUCUAGGGUUCCUGAUGAUAUUACCUUGCAUAACUAUCAAGAAAUACCUCUGGAACAUAUUUCAGAUGAUGAAAUUUAGUGAUAGGUGAAUAUUUAAAAGCUAUUUAUUGUAAGGAGCUAGAUGUGUUGUGAAUACAAAUUAAAUGAUCUGAUGUUUAAUCUAAAAAGC